GUCAUCACAAUGCGCCGGGACCAGGCGGUGUCGCCUCCUGCUGACGUCAGAGGUGCUCGGCUGGUAGGAUGAUCGGGAGCCUGGAACCGAGCGGACGUUUCCGGAGCUGUUUGUAGGACACAUCGAUGGAGGAAGAAUUGAAAUCAUUGCCUCUGGAGAACGCGUCGAUCCUGUCUGAGGGUUCACUUCAGGAUGGACAUCGGUUAUGGAUUGGGAAUCUGGACCCUAAAAUCACUGAGUUCCACCUGUUAAAAUUACUGCAGAAAUUUGGCAACGUGAAACAGUUUGAUUUCCUGUUUCACAAAUCGGGGGCCCUGGAAGGGCAACCUCGGGGCUACUGCUUUGUAAAUUUUGAAACAAAACUGGAAGCUGAAAAAGCUAUCCAAUGCCUCAAUGGAAAAAUGGCCCUGUCAAAGAAAUUGGUCGUGAGAUGGGCACAUGCACAAAUUAAGAGAUACGAUAAUUAUAAAAGUGAAAAGGUCUUGCCAAUCAGUUUGGAACCAUCUUCAAGCAUAGAACCAACUCAGUCCACUAUAAGUGUCAGCGCCAAGAUUAAAGCAAUUGAGGCAAAGCUGAAGAUGAUGGCAGAGAAUCCAGACCAUGACCUCCCCGGCCAGCCUGCCUAUUCCUAUUUUAAGGCUUCUGAGAAGAAAAGGAGUACGCCCUAUUCCAGAACUUCAUGGAAAACUAAGAGAUGACGUCACCGUUCCUCAAGACUCCUGAGGCUCCACAGACUCUUCGCACAACCCCACAAUGUGUAGACCCCGUAAUACCGUUAAUUAUAAUAACACAGACCUCAUCAAACCUUUUCCUUGCAGACUUGAAUUUUCAGGAAUGGAGAGCAGAUUUUGGCCGGUUGGUGAUUUUUGCAUUCACUGUGUGUGCGGUUCUUUUAUAUGCAGGUAUUUCUCGUGUGUGCUUUUAUUUUACUAAUAAGGUAGAAGGCGUAUACCACAUGUACUCCC